AUGAACCCUUUACACCUACUUCAGUUCCCUUGGUCUUUUUCAAAUUUGGUUGAAGUAGCUGAACAGGAGGAUGAUAUUAAUUUGUGGUUAUGCCGCAUAAUUUUCCCAUGCAACGAGUUGCAUAAUUUGAAGAAUCUUGAAAAGGUUUCAAUUACUGUAGUCCCGUCUUACUAUGGUGAGUAUUACUCUGUAACAGAGGAGGUAUUUGAAGUAGAAGAAGGGACAAAUGAAGAUGUGGAUUUUGAAGAAGGGACAAAUAAAGGUGUUGUGGUAUUUGAGAAGCUAAAAGAGGUGACUUUGAGUGGAAUAGAUAAUCUGAAGCAUAUGUGGAAGCGCAAUCGGAGGAUAGUGUUGAACUUUCCAAACCUUACAAAGGUCUCAAUUAAUAAAUGUCCACUUCUUGGACACGUUUUCACAGGUUGCAUGGUUGGUAGUCUAUUGCGGCUCCAAGAGCUACAAAUAACUGACUGCGAGAGUAUGGAUGUGAUUGUGAAGCAAGUUGAAGAUUCUGAAACCAGACCGACUACUUGA